AUGCUGGGCAAGAUCUUCGGAUCCCGAGAAAUGCGACUGUUGAUGCUGGGACUCGACGCUGCAGGCAAGACAACGAUUCUGUACAAGUUGAAGCUCAACCAGGAUGUUACCACCAUCCCCACGGUCGGCUUCAAUGUUGAGACUGUCACGUACAAAAAUGUCAAGUUCAACGUGUGGGACGUAGGAGGGCAAGACAAAAUCCGACCUCUAUGGCGACACUAUUUCUCUGGCACCCAGGGUCUCAUCUUCGUGAUUGACUCGAACGACCGAGCGAGAAUAGACGAGGCUCGACAGGAACUGCAUCGAAUCAUCCUGGACCGAGAGAUGAAGGAAGCACUGUUACUGGUCUUCGCCAACAAACAAGAUAUCCCCGGCUCGAUGACGCCUACGGAGGUUACGGAGAAGCUGAGACUGUCUCAACUGAAAGACCGGACGUGGUAUGUCGUGCCGAGCUGCGCGACUACGGGUGAGGGAUUACUUGAAGGCUUGAGCUGGCUGUCCACAAACGUGAAGCAGCAGCCACGGCCGGCGGCGGCGAAAUAA